AUGUGGAGUUUAGAAACAUCAAGUUCUAAAAUGUACAAAUUAAUAUCAGUACAAAAGAAUAUGACAACUAAAGAGUUGAUAGAAAAGGUUGCUAAACUUUUCAAAUUGAAGGUAGGAUACUUUUCAAUUACGUACAGUCUUCCGCAAAGCCAGGACAUGCAAAUUGAGAUCGAGGGUGAAGAUAACGAGGGGUUUUCCACUGCAUAUCAUUUGCUUCCAAACUUCUCCAAAAUGAAAGUGGAACUUAAAUCUCAAUCGUCAAGAGGAAUAACCAUGCAAAUAGGCAACCGCAGUAUUCGGAAUAAAGAAGUUGUUUCAGAAGAAAUAAAGCGGGAAAUGGGUCUGCAUGAUGACCAGGGGAGAAGAAAAAGAGGGUGCAUUAAUGCCAUAUGGAGUACGAAAUGCUCGGAUAUAAUUGAAUGCGAUCCUAGAUUUCUGCUAGAGUUUGAUAAAGUGCAAAGUGGUCUCGAAAAAGCAUGGGGGAGUAAACAGUACUUACUAAACCCAUUUCAAAUUUUGUGCCCUCUUUGUGAUGAAAUAAGAGUUCUGCCAAAAAUGAAUCAACCCGAAGAAGUAAUAGCCCACAUCAAGAACUGCAAAUGCAGUGCAUUACCAUCUGCAAGGGACAUUGCUGUAAAAAGAUUAGAAGCAUGGAAGGCUAAUAAUUUCAUCACAGAGCAGCAGCUUGACAGUGUGGCAGAACUCGUUCCUGGUUUGUUUAAAGAUCCGUCAAUCAUCACUUCAAAACCAAUGGUCAGGGCAGCAGUCCUGGCCCGUGGCAUUGUUGAAGGGGCCGUUUAA